CCUAAGUCUGUCAGACGAAUUAUCAAAACAAUAUCUUUUAACUGGCCACACCGAUCUGAGCAGCGAUCUGCGUCGAUAUGUUUGGAUGCAUUGUCUCUGGACGUUUAGUAAGUAUUUUUUUAAUUGCCAGAGAGGUUUUAUUGUAGUGUAAGAACAGAAAAUAUCGCUGAACGUACCCCGGUGAGCUCACUGCCUCACAUAAAUAUGGGAGAGAAUUGACAAAUUUGUCAAAUUGAAUGCACGUGCUUGUUUUUGUUGACAACACAACAUCUUUUAAAAGCUUUUCUUCUUUUUCUUCUUUCUUCUUUUCUUUUCUUCAAGAAAUCAUUUUUUCACUCAAGGAACAUGCAUUUCCUUCUAUUUCGUAAACAUACAUGUGUAGGGAAAUCGACCUCUCGUGAGGGGGGUUGUUUCUAUCCUGUAGGAUGAUCUGGAAAAUUCUAUUCAUAUCCUUUUUUAAUCAUUGGAUAGCUUUUAAAAGAUGUUGUGUUGUCAUUAUACAGCCAAAAUAUGCCAGAUCACAUUGGUCUUAUUCCAUUGAAAUAUAUGAAAUAUAUCGAAAUAUAUCGAAAUAGAAAUAUAUCGAAAUAUAUCGAAAUAUAUCGAAAUAUAUCGAAAUAUAUCGAAAUAUAUGUCUAAAUAACGUUGUAGUCACUAAAGAAAGAGCCAGAAACCGAAAAUUCCUGCAAUUGUAAUACCUUGAUGUUGAAGGUCAUCCUUAAUUAACUUGUAUCAUUAAACAAUAUUAGAUUAUGAGCAUGUGAAUUCAAUCACUUGUAGAAAUCCAGAAUGAAUAAUUUAACUGUUAGACUUAGUAGAAUUCUAACAGUUGUUCAAAACUUAACAAGACAGGGUUGUGUUUUAAAAUAUUGUUUUGUUUACAAUCAUAUUUUAUUUGGAGAAACUCUUACCCAUCUUAUAUGCUUCCCUAUAUUUUUCAUAUCUCAUAGAAGACUCACAUAUGCAUGAACCAUUGUUUGACAUGUGAAUGUAGGCUAUUCAUGGCUGGCUCAUGUGUUUUGUAUGUCUUACCAUCAAUGAGUAAGCUCAUUGAUUUCCAUGUUUGCAUCUUUCUCCUAUUUUUUUAUAUUUUCUAUAAUUUAAGAGUCAAAGUUUGGAACAGUUUGUUAUAUUAAUCUCUGAAGUUUGCACUUUACUUAAGCUGUACUUACUUAGUAUCCUAGUAACAAUGAAACCUGAUAUAGUUAAAAAAGUAAGAUCAAAUUGUUAUUGUUGAGAUGCAAUUGUACAUGUAGGUGAAAAUGGAUGAUCAUUUAACUUACUUGUUCAUGUUACAGCUGAGCAUCAAAGAUUAACAUGCUAUAGUAUGGUGAAUCUUGUUUGUACAUGUAGUUUCGUCAAUUUUGAAAUUCCACUUCUUGAUCAUUUGGAAUGAGAUAAGUUUGGCGCUUCCUUAAGUCUAAAGAUGUUAUAAAUCCUUAAAGUGGCUUCUAUGGGUAAUUAUAAUAUAUUUUUAUACCUACAUUUUUGAUGUGCUUGAGUAAGAUUUGAAACAUGUUUUGAUUUUCUUUGGUAAGGUUCAAACAGAUGCCCAACAAGUUGGACCAACCCAAUUUGUUUUCAACUUAGCUGAUGUUGAAAGAAUUCACCAUGUGAUUGUCUUCCUGACGGGUGUCACACCCUUUCCAGACGGGAUGGGUGGAGGAGUUUAUUAUUGUUAUCCAACUCCUGAAGGACCAACAUCACAGUUGCUUGGAUUCAUUGGCAACAACAAGCCCAGUGCUAUAUUUAAACUCGCAAAGGUGAGUUAUUAUGUCAAUAAGCAAAUCAAGACACAGUUCAGGGUUUGCAUAAGUUUUCCUAAUUCUCCCAACUCAUGUUUACGUAAACAUAUGAAGAGCUCUCUUUUGUUUAAAUGCAAAUAUUAUAUUUUAUAAGCGAAAUAUACAGGAUAGCUUUUUUUUAAACCAGGAAUGAAGUUGAAAAUUGUAAAUAUUCCUCCUGGUUAAUUUUUUGCAGCUUGGAAGCAAAUGACAAAUAUCAGUUCCACGCUGUAGAAAAUUUGAACAUCUUGAAUUGUAAAAAUUUGUUCCCACAAAAUAUUAAGAGUCAUUAUUCAGCAAAGUCAAACUUGAAUAAGCAAAGCUUUCAUACUACUUGGUACACAAAAGAAUUCAACUGAUACACAUCUGUACAAAAAGGAAAGACUCAAUUGCAACUAUGAAACAAUUGCUGCAAUGUUCGGUUCUUGGGCCCUAUCCAAGGUUGCUUCUAAGCAUUGCUGAUGUUAAAGUGGUCUGAUUCUCCUAUUGAGGUAAACAACCUCUAACUUUCAAAGUAAAUUUGAGAUGAAUUAUUUCACAAUAAGUUGAACAUAAUUUUCAAAUUUAUUUUGCUACUUGAUUUUCAGGCAAGGCCUGAGGAAAGAUUACAGAAUCCAUUUGCAUUGAAUGCUGGUAUGGCUCUUGACCAGGUAGGGGCUCAAAUUGGUAUCUCAAUUGAGCCCCUGGACCAGUUAGCCCAGCAGACUCCAGCAAGUCACACAACACCGUCAAACUUGAACUCAUAUGUAGAGUACACACAAAAAAUGUUAGAGAAUUUCUUCAAUUUUGCUUCAUCAUUUGCCAUUACUCAGGGGCAAAUGACGCCAAACCCCUCAGAGAGCUUUGUACCUUUAAGUGUGGUACAAAAGUGGUAUGAAAAUUAUCAGAGGAAAAUGACGAAUGAUCCGAAUUUUUGGAAACGUUAA